AUGUUCUCCAUUUCAGAGCUAGUGAUCAACGUCCUUCUGUCCGUGUGCAUCCUUAUCAUUUCUCGCUUUCUUUGGAACUACCUCCGCUCCCCACUGAGAUCCUUCCCGGGCCCGCUGCCAACCAGCUUCACCAACAUAUGGCGCCUGCAAGACGUGUUCAAAGGACGCUGUGAUAUCACGCAUAAUGAACUACACCGCAAGUAUGGACCCGCUGUUCGGAUGGGUCCCAAUCUCCUGAGCCUCUCCGAUCCGAACUUGAUCAGUCAAGUGUACAACACCAAGAACCCGUGGCUCAAGAGUGAUAUGUACAACGUCAACGAUGCUAUCGUCUCGGGAACCCGUUACAAAAACCUCUUCUCGAACCAGGAUGAGAAGUGGCACUCGACAUUCAUUCGUCCGAUCAAGAACCUGUACUCCAUGAGCAAGGUACAAGACAUGGAGCAUAACGUGGAUAUCACCAUCGAACUAUUUCUCGAGAAGCUCCGUGAGCGGUUUGUCCGUCCGGCAAAGACGUGUGAGGUGUCGGAAUACAUCAAUUUCUUUGCAUGGGACGCAAUGAGCCAGAUCACAUUUUCCAAGGACCUCGGGAUUCUUGAAGCAGGCUGCGAUUACAAGGGCUUCCUAGGAAGAUCGACAAAGACACUCGACUAUUUCGCCUCGAUUUGUCAGGUCCCAAUGCUAGACUACAUCUUCGACAAAAACCCAAUCAUGCGAAUUGGCCCACCAACAUUCGUCUGGGCCAACAUAUUCAGCGUCGAACAACUCCAAACCCGCUACGAAGAAGCCACACCAAUAAGCCACAUCGACUUCCUAGCCAAGUUCCUCGAAGUCAAGAAGAAGCAUCCAGAGCUUGUAAAUGACGGCACCGUCAUUCUCUACCUCCUCUCGAAUGUACUAGCAGGCAGUGACUCCACCGCUGGAGCUCUCUGCGCCACGAUCUACCAUGUUCUUAAGCACCCGGCCGUACACAAGAGACUCGUUUCCGAGCUUCGCGAUGCUAAUUUGACCCUUCCCGCGAAAUGGAAAGAUAUCAAUGGUCUAACGUACCUCGAAGCGGUCAUGCGAGAGUCGAUGCGUAUUAACCCGGGCGUAGGUCUUAUUCUCGAGCGGGUCGUUCCGAAGGGGGGAUUCACUCUCCCUGAUGAACGAUAUGUGCCGGAGGGUACGGUCGUGGGUAUGAAUCCGUGGGUUAUCAGUAGGAACGAAGAAGUCUUCGGAGCUGAUACUGAAGCAUUUAUCCCGGAGCGUUGGUUGAAGGGGCCGGAGGAGACGGAGGAGGUGUUCCAGGCAAGGGUCAAGAGGAUGAAGGCUGCUGAUAUGGCGUUUGGGGCCGGGUCGAGAGCUUGUCUUGGGAGAUACUUGAGUCAGUUGGAGAGCUAUAAGUUGAUUGCGACGCUUUUCUGUUCUUUUGAUGUGAGUCUCCUUGCGCCUGCGGGUUGGAAUGAGGAUUUGGGGUGCGUUUUUGCUAACGGGAUACAGAUGGAAUUGCCGAGUCAGGAACAUGAGUGGGAGAUUACCAAUUCCUGGUUCCUGUAUCAGAAGAAUAUUCCUGUUCGGUUCUUUGAGCGGACUGAUAGGGCUGUAUGUGUUUAG